AACAAAAGAUCCCUAGCUGGGCGGGGUUUGCACUCGCGUCGGAGGGCGGAGCCCCAAGAGAGGCAGCCGUAACGCUCUCCCCUUUUCGUUCACUGUGGAGCACACCACCUCUCCGGAACCUGAGCGUCUGCUUUUGCGGUUCCGGUCGGAAUUACAAAGCGGCGCACGCCGACAUGGCUGCGCUCUUAGUGAGAGGUGUUCGGGACAUGCUGAAGCGUGCGGACUUCGCGACGGUCCCGCGGAGACAACGACAUAAAAAGAAAUGGGCUUCCACAGAGCCCAAAUUUCCUGCUACUCGACUGGCUCUGCAGAAUUUUGACAUGACCUACAGUGUGCAAUUUGGAGAUCUCUGGCCAUCAAUCCGGGUCAGUCUCCUCUCAGAGCAGAAGUAUGGUGCACUGGUCAAUAACUUUGCUGCCGGGGAUCAUGUGAGUGCUGAGCUGGAGCAGCUGAAGGCCAGGGACUUUGUGAAUGAAGCUGUCUUCCACAGGGAAUCAGAGCCUGAGAAUAGCCAAACUGCUGCUCCAUCCCCUGCGUCCUGGGCUUGCAGUCCAAAUCUUCGUUGUUUUGCUUUCACCAGAGGGGAUGUCAGCCGCUUCCCUCCUGCCAGGCUUGGCAGCCUGGGUCUCAUGGACUACUACCUGAUGGAUGCCGCGUCCUUGUUGCCUGUCCUGGCCCUUGGCCUGCAGCCUGGGGACACCGUGCUAGACCUGUGUGCAGCCCCUGGGGGAAAGACAUUAGCAUUGCUUCAGACUGGCUGUUGCCGCAAUCUCGCUGCCAAUGAUCUCUCCACGUCACGAACGAGCAGGCUACAGAGGGUCCUUCACAGCUAUGUGCCUCAAGAUGUCAGGGAUAAGAAUCGAGUUCGAGUCACAUCAUGGGAUGGCAGGAAGUGGGGAGAAUUGGAGGGGGACACCUAUGACCGGGUGCUAGUGGAUGUGCCCUGCACCACAGACCGCCACUCCCUUCAUGAGGAGGAAAACAACAUCUUUCAGCGUUCCAGGAAGAAGGAGCGGCAGAUGUUACCUAUGUUGCAGGUGCAGCUUCUUGCGGCUGGACUCCUUGCCACCAAACCAGGAGGCCACGUUGUCUAUUCUACCUGCUCACUUUCACAUUUACAGAAUGAGUAUGUGGUGCAAGGCGCCAUCGAGCUCCUGGACAAUCAAUACAACAUCAAGGUUCAUGUGGAAGACUUGACUCACUUCCGAAAGCUUUUCAUGAACACGUUUUCUUUCUUCCCAUCCUGCCAGGUUGGGGAGCUGGUAAUCCCAAACCUCAUGGCCAAUUUUGGGCCUAUGUACUUUUGCAAAAUGUGUAGAAUGACAUAGCAUCGCCCUGCUCCUGAAGUCCUGGUGUAGGAAGACUGGGUGUACUCUUGUGGAGACCAGUGGUAAAUCUCCAUCCCAUUCAAGUCUUUCUAUAGAUGGUUUUCAGCAGUAGGAAGUAGGAGUUUUUCUGUCCUGCUGUCCAAUUGUGGAGCAUCAGCAGGUUUCUAACUCACUUAUUACAACCCACUUCCAAUCCCCGCGCCCCAUCUUUGAGCCUGUGCUAAAGGUUCCUGCCCCAUUAGGGGUUUAGGAGGAGGAACCAGUAUGCUGUAAACUUGGGAAGAAGUGUUUAGCCAAUAAAAUUGUUGAAGCUCCAUCGAGCUGGGGCUGAAGUUGGGGGGAUCUCAUAUCCGUCCAAGUUUUGUUAGUUCCUCUUGUACCAGGUGCUGCUACUGAGCACUAGCUCUCAGGUACCCAGAGUCCAGGACCUCAGCCUGGUUACAGGCCUCUGGUUACAGAACCCUUCUCACACUUGAGUUUUGCAUGAAAAGUCUUGAGCAGUUGAAGUACCUACACCAGCCUGCCAAGUUUCUCCAUAUGGCCCAUGAUCUGAUUUCAGGAACGAGUAACUGAAAAUGUUAAGCCAGUGCAUUAUAAUCUGCUUACUUAACAUCAAGAAAGCUCUCCAGAGCCGAAUAAUUCAGGCAUCCUCCUACUAUCAACAGCACUGUUGCCCAAAUGUGGCUGGGAAGCUGCUUCUGCCACAGGCUGUGAUACUCUGCUGUGUGUUUCUGCCCUUGUUCACUCCUCUAGUAAGUAUGUGAUGCAAGGCGCCAUCGAGCUCGGUGGCCAGGGAACUGCUGGGGAUGUAGUGUUCGGGACUGUGGGAGAAAAUGAGGCCUCUUCAUUCUUCAGAAUGGCACCUCUCUGAGCACCUAGGAAUUGCCUAAUGUCUUAUUCAGUUGUUUUUUUUUCUCUUGUUCCUGGUCCAUGACUGAGCUCUGGUGCUAGUUCUCUGGCUAACCCCUAAAUCCCUCAGAGCUCUUCUCCCAGCAUCACAGGCUCUCAUCUUACACAGUGUGUUUGGAGCAAUAUUACAUCAUGUAAUGCCUGACUGUUAGUUGUGUUGUUUUUGUAACUUUAGCACAAAAAAGGCAGUUCUUUAAAGGUAGGGAUAUUAAAAAUUGCUUAUGGUCACUUGCAGAUACUACUUUUUUUAUUAAACUUUUUUUCUGAAAAACUGAUUCUUGCAUGGAAGAGGAUUCUUCCUACUUUCCUUAACCCUUCUCUUCCUCUUUCUGUGUCUCCUUUUGUUCUUUAAGCCUUUCCUGCUAAUCCUUGUUUGGGUAUUAGAGGUGUCAGCUGAGAAGGAUUUUAGAUGAGGUUAAGCCUUCUCCUUUUUUGGAAUUUGCAUCAUAACCAAGGGCCCUGAAAGAUCUUUCAGACUCAAAAUCAAGUAAAGCUAGAAAGAUGGAGCUCCAGGGAGUAGGACUCUAAUUAGCUUCCAUGUGUGCUGUUUGGUUCCUGCCUGCUGUUUACUCAACAUUCAGUACUUGCUGAGGCUUGGAGGCCUUAGGUGCCUGGGUUUCUUCCCUUGGCCUCCUGGGUAGCCAGCCUGGUGCUAAUUAAAUGCUAAGCAGUGAUAAUUCAAGGGACUAGUGUCUCUUGCACUUGGGGUCGAAGUCUAUUUGGGGACAGAGAGACACAGAUAAGGAAAGCAGAGAUCUGCUUUGGAAAAUAGUUUGAUUAUCUCCUGUAAUUGAACGUUUACUACAACUCACUUAUUCCAAUACUAGGGAUAAAUCCAAGAGAAACUCUUACAUGGACAUCAGGAGAUACAUAGAAGAAUGUUUUUGUAGCAGCCCUGGUCACAAAAGCAAACCCAGAUACGCAAGAGCAAGAGAGUGGACAAAAACUGGAAUGUUCACACGGGAAUAUUAUACCAGUUUCAAAACAAGUAAACUACGGUGACCCAUAACAAUAUGAAUGAUUCUUAGCAAUAAGAUAUUAAAUGUUUAGUCCCAAAGAUUAAAUGUAGCAUGAUACUUAAAA